AUCGCGGCCGCUUCUCCCCGUUUGGUCAGGGCAAGCGUGGGCGCGGCAGCAUGCAAGAUCAGACCCCGGCUAGUGCCCUCUCCCGUCUCGACAUGGAGUCGCCGCCACCUUCGAGCCCACUCGAGGAUGUUAAGCCUAGGGUUAAGCGCGAGCCGAACUCCGAGAGCCGCGCUAUCAUGAUCGACGACGAUGAUGGCCCUACCAACGACUUGAGUGGAGCGCAGUAUGAGGAGAUGGAUGAGGACGAGCUUAUGGCUCAGGCGGCCGUGGUUGAGGUGGAGCACAAGCGUGCGAUGCUGCAGCUCCAGCUCGCUCAGCGCAAGAAGAACAAGGGAAAGGGCGCGCCUCGCCAGUCCAUGUAAUCGGCUUGGGCUCGACGACUCAGGCGCCUUGACUCCUUGCUCUCUCGAUGGUGCAGGACAUCUGGGUCGGCAAUUGGAGGGUGACGGUUCUUUGAUCCAUAUGAUUCGCGGUGUAUAGCCGCACUUGAUGUUUCGCGAUCCUCCACUAGUUCCAGAACAUUGCAAAAGUUUCGUGAGAGGUGGCUUGGCGUUGGUUCAGGGAGCGGGAGCUGGAUAGAUUUCGCCUCAUUGGUUUGGCAUCAGCCUUGGAAGGUAGCAUGCCCGUAAUGGAUGUCUUGAUACAGGCUGCUCUAUCCCUGAUUGAAAGUGAUGUAAAUAUUGAGGCAAUUCCGGAACCCUUGACCCAAUGGAUGGUAGAACACCUUUG